AAGAAGCCAAGAAACCUCGCAGAAGUGCCGAGGAUACGCGGAUCAUGCUACACAUGGCCGAAUACAGGCUCAAGAGAGGUCUCCUGAGCGCUAUCGAGAGAGUUGGCGCUUCUCUGCAGAAGAUCCAUGACAACAUCUACCGACGUGUAGACACGGUUAAGGGCAGUGGUUCGUCAUCUGUUUCGAGGUACUUAUUAAGUAGCUGUAAUCCGGGUGGAUUCCCCUCCAAGUGGUAGGGGACUCCACGGGGAAAUCUAUUCAGCCACGGAUGAUGAAGCGGCGCCUCUAAAAAUGGUGAGGAUGAUGAAAAUAGCGAAGUCAGUAGCAUCAGAUGGCGACGGGACACCAGCCUGGCGGUGGCGCGUCAAGCCCUUGGGACAGUCAAAGCUUACUGGACAAAGACAACGGGCCUCAAAAUCAGAGAGGCGGAGGAGAUAGAUGGCUUACGGUUUUCGUAGAUGCAUGAACGAGACACACCCCCAAAAUUGUGAACGAGCGGAUUCGUAAUUCGUUUUUUUCACAGCCAAUAUCCACAUGGAAGGCGGCCGGGCUCUUGCCUACAAACUAGCUAGUUACUUUUUUGCGAAGAACUAGAGACGAUAAGUAACAUUUUUAGAGGGAUGUGUGACUGUUUAGGAGACCACUAGUAGUCUCAAGACUCCUCCAGUCUCUUUUGAGGGUGUAAUGGUUGGCAUGAGAAGGGGGCGUUAGUAAUGGUUUCCGAGAUCGUUAGGACGGCUGUAUCUGUAAUAUAUCAACUACAAAUUAUUGCAGUCGUCCUAAUACUUAUAAUAUUAGACACAAGUCGCCGGCCCUGUCGCUAGACCAUUGUAACAAGCGCGCCCGGCGCGUUUGUGGGCGGGCAAACUCAUACGCGGGCGAAACUGGGUCGGGCUGUGGGUAGAAAGCCCCGCCCACGGGUGGACGUGAGUGUGUCCACGGGUGGGCGUGGUGGUGGUGUGUGGGUGUGGUGGUGGUGUGUGGGUGUGGUGUGUGGGUGUGGUGGUGUGGGUGUGGUGGUGUGGGUGUGGUGGUGUGGGUGUGGUGGUGUGGGUGUGGUGGUGUGGGUGUGGUGGUGUGGGUGUGGUGGUGUGGGUGUGGUGGUGUGGGUGUGGUGGUGUGGGUGUGGUGGUGUGGGUGUGGUGGUGUGGGUGUGGUGGUGUGGGUGUGGUGGUGUGGGUGUGGUGGUGUGGGUGUGGUGGUGUGUCUGUGAGGAAAGUUCUGGGCUCAUAUUAGAGAAGCUUGGGCCUGUUUCAGAUGGCUUGCUUCAGGCAGGCUGUAGCGGAUGCCUUUUUUUGGAUGGUCUGUCUCAGACAGGCUGUUCUGGAUUGCUUGUCUUGGACAGGCUGUCUCAGAUUCCUUGGCCCAGAUUCUUUGCCUUGGAUUGGCUGGCUCAGAUUCUCUGUCUCGGGCGCGUCUCUUGUUUCGGAUGGCUUGCCCCGGAUGGCUUGUCUCGGAUGGCUUGUCUCGGAUGGCUUGUCUCGGGUGGCUUGUCUCGGGUGGCUUGUUUCAGACAGGUUGUCUCGCAUUGCUUGUCUUGGGCUGGCCGUCUCAGAUUCCUUGCUUCAGAUUCCUUGCCUCAGAUUCCUUGCCUCGGAUUCCUUGCUUCAGAUUCCUUGUCUCACUCUCAGGUUCCUCGUUUUGGAUUGGCUGUCUCAGAUUCCUCGCGGCUGUUUCAGCUUCCUUGCUUCGGGCAGGGUCAAAAAGUGGGCGCGUCUCUUGUUUCGGGUGGCUUGUUUCGGAUGGCUUGCCUCGGGUGGCUUGUUUCGGAUAGCUCGGCUCGGAUGGCUUGUUUCGGAUGGCUUGCUUCGGGUGGCUUGCAUCAGGCAGGCGGUUUCGGAUUGCUUGUCUUGGUCUUGGACAGGUUGGCUCAGAUUCCUUGUCUCAGAUUCCUUGUCUCAGCUUCCUCGUUUCAGAUUCCUUGCCGCAGAUUCCUCGUCUCAGAUUCCUUGUCUCAGAUUCCUUGGCUCAGCUUCCUGGUCUCAGAUUCCUUGUCUCAGCUUCCUUGUCUCGGAUUCUUUGUCUCGGAUUCUUUGUCUCGGAUUCUUUGUCUCGGAUUCUUUGUCUCGGAUUCUUUGUCUCGGAUUCUUUGUCUCGGAUUCUUUGUCUCGGAUUCUUUGUCUCGGAUUCUUUGUCUCGGAUUCUUUGUCUCGGAUUCUUUGUCUCGGAUUCUUUGUCUCGGAUUCUUUGUCUCGGAUUCUUUGUCUCGGAUUCUUUGUCUCGGAUUCUUUGUCUCGGAUUCUUUGUCUCGGAUUCCUUGUUCCAGUCUCCUUGUUUCAAAUUCCUUGUUUUGGCUUGGCUGUUUCAAAUUCCUUGCUUCGGGUUGGGUUGUUUCAGCUUCCUUGUUUUGGCUUGGCUGUUUCAAAUUCCUUGCUUCGGGUUGGCUGUUUUAAGUUCCUUGUUUCGGAUUGGGUUGUUUUGUUUCGGAUAGCUCUACUCGGAUGGCUUGUCUCGGAUGGCUUGCUUCGGAUGGCUUGCAUCAGGCAGGCGGCUUCGGAUUGCUUGUCUUGGUCUUGGACAGGUUGGCUCAGAUUCCUUGUCUCAGCUUCCUCGUUUCAGAUUCCUUGCCGCAGAUUCCUCGUUUCAGCUUCCUCGUUUCAGAUUCCUUGUCUCAGAUUCCUUGUCUCAGAUUCCUUGUCUCAGCUUCCUGGUCUCAGAUUCCUUGUCUCAGCUUCCUUGUCUCGGAUUCUUUGUCUCGGAUUCCUUGCUCCAGUUUCCUUGUUUCAAAUUCCUUGUUUUGGCUUGGCUGUUUCAGAUUCCUGGCUUCGGGUUGGGCUGUUUAAAUUCCUUGCUUUGGCUUGGCUGUUUCAAAUUCCUUGCUUCGGGUUGGCUGUUUUAAAUUCCUUGUUUCGGAUUGGGUUGCUUCAGAUUCCUUGUUUUGGAUUGGCUUUUUUAAAUUCUUUGCUUCGGGUUGGGUUCAAAAACCCAACGGUCUCGGUUAUUAUUAUACUCUAGUAAGAAGAAGGUGCUCACGCUGUCCGAGUGCCCUAAGGUCCCAAGUGUUGCUACCAAAAAAAAGGUAAUCUUUUGAGAGUCGAGUGAAACCGAAAUGCAUAAAUACCCCUUACCUUCCUGGGUGCCUUUUAACUUUAAGCAUUUCGGUGACUCGCCAGUCGCCCUCUGGGACCUGGUUGGAGCCUCGAGGGUUUCAAUCAAAGUUCUGCUUUGUGUGAGACGAGAGACGAGGGGCUUUCUAUGGGGAGUUUUUUGGACAAAAAAAAAGAAGGGCGGAAGAAUAGAAAAACUUCAGGUCUUGCUCGCGUCUCAAUUAAAAGGCGGAGAGCGUCCCACCACUCUCCCUCGCCGGUCUUUUUAUCUCCCGCCCGCUCUUAGCAGCGAAGUGGCUAGCAGGCACAAGGUAGCUCCUUUGGUUGGAGUAAUCCAUCCGGUUUCUGUUUCUCUCUUUGGCUUUUUUUUGGCGAUGGUGUUUGCGGAGCAAGGUGGUCGAGAAGCGACGGCGUGAAGCGUGAAGACCCUGGUAUGGAGUAGCCUCACCAAUACGGCGAUGCAUCCGAAGAAACCUCAGCGAUUAUACGCGGGCCGCCUCACUCUAAAGCGGUUCGAUGUUAGCAGUGGCGCCGCCCUCUGUGCCGAGUGUCCACGGGUUGCAGCUUCAGGCCUUAACUAGUAAGCGGCCGCGUCAAAGUUCUGGCCCUCUCCGUGUUCGUCGAUCUUGUAGGGCUUAGCUCUUGUCUCUCGGGGUGCGUCAGAUAUGGGUCGCCAUUGUCCUACCUAUGCGCCGUCGGCUAAUAUACUCGUAGGUAGGGCCUUGGCUCUAGCUUUUCUACAGCGGUGGCCGCUGUGCUUCAUCGUUUGCGUAGUCGUAGCGCCUGGCCAUCGUGCUUCAGGCUCCCCGCGGGGUAUUUAAUUGGGACUGCUGCGGCAAAUUGUAGACCCAGGCCCCAAAGAAAAAAGAGGGGAGGUGGCGGCUGUGGUGGGUGGGUGAGUGUAUGGGUAGAAGCUUUCAUGCCUCUAACUAGGCUCCACGCGCAAGGAGUGAGGGCGGUUUGUCUGAAAACGCUAGGCGUAGGCAUAAGACCAGGAGGGCCGUCACUGUGUGACGAAUCGGCAUGAGAAUCUUGAUCCAGCUCGGCCCUCGUCCCUGGUUCUGAUUUCAAUCCCCUCGCCCCGCCUCGUUCUUCGUUCCUCCCGUGCACCGAGAUCCCCACAACGCCCCACCAGAAUCACGAACGCCACCAAGGUCCCCGGUUCUUUGUUCGUUCUCAUCGUCAUCAGCAUCACCGUGAGCAGCUUAGUCGUAGUCACCACCCUCACCCGUAUCCUAGUGGGAGCCGUGUCGCCGACCUUUCUCGCCCGCGGGCUGGUAAUAGUGACCCCAGUAACCUCCCUGACUUGCAUGCGUGUGGUAGUGUUUUCAGUGUGUUCAUUCUAGUGGCGUAGUUGGUUGGUCGGUAUCUCAGUCUGUGGACAUUGCUAACGCUAGGGCCGCACAUUUAUACCCCGAAGGUGGUGCGUUUGGCUGCUUCCUUGCGCAGUUCUUGGCCACUUGUUUCAGCUGUGCAGGCCGUGAAGGUUUUGCGUGAUUCUCAUGUGCUUGCACGGUUGUCAAAUGUGUGGGCUUUCUUGCUCAUGUGUAACAGCAUAAGGACCCACACAGAAGGACCAGGCCCGCAGUGCUGUGACCAUUGUCGCCAUGUGACUGCAAUGGCCUCCAGUCCCUUCGUGCUAGCUCUUGACGGUCUUCACCUUCUUGGCAGUACUGGGGUCGCUGUCGUCUUCGCCUUUUUAUUUUAUACACUUGUGGAACGCGGAGGCUGCUUGGAUGAUGUCUUGCUUUAAUGUGUGUUCCAUCUACUGAAUGGCGUGCAGGAAUUUUUGCGAGUUCGACUGUAUCACAGCGAGUGAAUGCAGUGCAGUGCUCUACGUACUAGGGUCAUGCAUCGCCGUCGCUUCCUUAUUUUAUACAUUUUGACCCAGUUCCCCCGUUCCGCAAGUGACGUGAGUAGAGUUACUCUACUGGAGUAAGUGUCUGUGUAUGGAACUGCUUCGGGCUCUCUUUUGGAGGCGAAUGCCUGGGGAUUGCUUCUACGUAGUAGGACAGAGGAGGGCUAAUCCUAAUGUUCUCGGUCCUUGUCUCGAAUCGAGUAGACCGUGAAGAGCAGAGAAGGACUCGAGAGGACGAAGCAGGGACGACUGGGUGGCGAGGCUUCCAAAUGGAAGUGAGCACCAAAACAGUAGUGACGGGAGGGGACAGAACGAGAAGCCAGAUCAGUCGCUCGGAAAAGCAGACGAGGGACCUAGGUAAGGCUACUCAAUAAGAAAGGACUUACAAGGAGGCUGGAUCUGUGUGCCGCUCGAAAGAAGAGAGACAUGGCUGGGCCUUGAAACUAGUGGGGAGGCCCUCCUUAGGAGUAAAGGUAGGGGAGCUGUCUAGGCCAGGUGGCUAAGCUAAGGUCGAAAGACUUUAGGGAAAGCUUUCGAGGGUUUAGAGCUGUUGGAGGAUUUGGGUUGCUAGUAUCUGCGAGGGUACUGGGCGCACUUCUUGGGAGCGGGGAGAUGGCUAGGGACUCACUUGAUACCUGAGCGCCUUCGCUGUAGUGGCGGUAGGAGUAUGAGUGCCACCGGGUGGAGCUUUUAAAAGGAUGGCUCCGAUGCCUCACUGCGUAGGGGGGGCAGUGUAGGACCUGGCCAGGGUGUAACAGGGCGGCCCUUCGUGAAUGAAGUGCGCCAGCAAUUACAAGGAGGGGCCGCUGAAGAACUGAAGACCUGGGCAGCGGCUGCGGGGAUCUUCUUGGUAGUGCGGCUGCUAUUGAUAGGAUAGACGAGUUGGAAAGUCAACACUAAAGGUUCCGCCCACAGGGCGGCGCUGUGACCAACUGCAAGAUGGUUGCCACAGCUACCAAGCUGUGGGAUGGGCUUCCUAGCGAGGUCGGCUUAGGAUCAUUCUUGGGCCCCGUAAAUGAAUCGCCAAGAGCGUGCAGCCCAAGAGUGAAAUCUAGGAGCAUGCACAAACAUAGUCAACACAUAGCUGGGGGCUGUUCCGGGGUCCGAGACCCAGAGGAAAUAUAUGCUGAGGAACAGUCCCAAGCGUGGAUCUAGACGCAUGAGGAUGACAGCGGGCAGAAGAAGCACAGCUGAAAAGGUGGCUGCGCUUGCUCGGCGUCAUAUGUGUGAGAGUGCCCUACUGACUGAGUUGCGUGAUCGUUCUAAUGUGGAGAAGGUGCGUGGAGGUUGUGCGAAAGGGAAGACUUUCGUCGCCGGUUUCUCUGUGACACCUUGGGACUGGUGUGCGAUAUUCUUUCCGAGGAUGUCUUGCCGGUGGAUGGAAAGGAAAAAUCAAGAAGCAGCGAGUGAUGUCAUUGCGUUGGAAGUGCUAGGCUUUAGGGGAAGUCAAUCGGUGGAAGACCGCGCUUCUUUUCCAGGUUUGGCAUAGGCAAUGAGAAUACUCGUUGAGUAAAGCCAGAAGCUGACGCGAUUGCUUUGCCUUUAGGGUGAGGCGUUGCAAUUUAGAAAGUGUGACGGGAAGGGCCAAAGAGUUCCCAUCAAUCUCAUCCGCUUACUUUUCCAAACGACAGGGGUAGCAGAUUGCAUUUCCUAAAGGCUAGCCACGGAUGCCGGAAUUGGUGGAAGUGGUAAGAUCACUCUUUCCAGGAUUCUUCUCACAGCUUCAAAGUGGGAGGUUGGAACUAUCCCGCACGCAAGUACAAUGAGAAGCGAGGAGGAAAGAAAGGCUGGAAUGGGGACAGCCGUCAUUCUUCUUACAGUGAGGGAGGACAUCAAGGAGGGCACGGAGGUGGAAAAUCUGGCCACGGAGGUGGAAAGGGAGGGCGUGGAGGUGGAAGGGGAGUGUAUGGAGGUGGAAAAUCCUACCAAAACUACGACUCUGACGAUAGGGACGAAGGUCGUCGUGGGUACAAUUUUAACCACGACCAAAACAGGGGCUACUACAACAACCAACCACAGGAGUGGAAGGAUUGGAAGACCGAAGGAGAGUCCUGGAACAAGGACGCAGGAAAUGUAGGGAAAGGGCCGGACAGCGCAUCUGCUACGAAGAAAGAACGCAAGAAAGGGAAGAAGAUGGCGAAGAAGGCUGAACAGGCCGAGAGAGCGGAGGAAGAAAAGGCGAAAGCUGAGUCUUCGCCUUGGGGUGCGUGGUGGUUCGUCUUCUUCUGGAAAUGGUGCAGCCCACUUUGAGGGUGGGCAAUAUCAUUACAACGAGAAGGCGGAUACGAGCCACAACGCGGCCACGUCUUCUACUGAGGGCGGUGGCCAGCAGGAUGUUGCCAUGGGCGGACAAGAGCAAGAAUCGAAGGCGCUACUUGUCCAAGAUGAAUUGCGAGUAGGCCUUGCCGGUUUCCUGGUUCUUCUGCCUCUGCAGAUGCACGCUCUGCCUGUGGGCGACAACUCCUUCGAACUUCUUCGCGGAGACGCUUUUUCCAGUGUGCGCCUAGCCAGUCAAUACAGCGCGAAGACGUGGGUGAAAACGGCGGCGAACAGUCUGAGGGAGUGCUUCCGGAGCAGCGUGCUGUUGUUGUAUAAGGAUUCCGCGCACCCCGAUCCCACGCCGUUGAAGCUACGCGAAGUUCCGUCGAGUGGAAUUCUUGCUGUCGAGGCCAACGGUGGAGUGCUAACAUGUUUAGAACCCAUCUAGAGCGGGAGACCUGCCAGAUUGGCUCACGGGGCAAGUGCUUGCACUCCGCUCCGGAGGGUCUCUGGUUCGAAUCCUGGAGGGGACUCGACUGGCAGGGAGGCGGCCUUCAGGCUGGUUGCCGCCCCACACCCAGGGGAGAGACAAACGGGGACCGCGCUGGGCCAGACAGUGCGGGGAGAUGAGACCCAAGGGGAGCCCUCUGAGCAGCUGACAGCACCGCGCCCACGCGGUCCAUCGUGUGGCUCACAACCCUGGCCACAACUGGACGGCGUCAGCCAAUCUGAUGAGUAGCUGGGCUGGGUGAUGCAUAAACACAAGGGGCGCCACCUGGGCAAGGCCUCAAGGCCAGGGGCUGGCUGCGUGGUGUCCAGAGGGAAACCCUCUGCACCCGAAGCGCCAGCAGGUCGGGGCCAGGCGGCCGCCCUCUCCAGAUCGGGGAGGUUCCUCUCUCUCUCUCUCUCUCUCUCUCUCUCUCUCUCUCUCUCUCUCUCUCUCUCUCUCUCUCUCUCUCUCUCUCUCUCUCUCUCUCUCUCUCUCGGGAGACUUCUUCAAGUAAUAUGAUCUAAAGAAAGAGAGCGAAAUGCUGGAUAUCCAAGCUGGUAGAAUUCUAAAAGAGAAAGAGCUGAAGUCUGUUGAGAGUUUCUGGCUUGGUCUCUGUAUCAGGCUCACGCCCAACAGCCUCGCCUUUACAGAAACCACAGGAGGAGACGGCGAAGGCGUUUGUAAUGUGGAUCGAAGCCAGUUUUAUCGGGCCGCCGCCGUUGUUGCCUGCGGCGCACCUUGUGGCAAAGGCUCCAGGGGCGUUAAUCAAUGUGGUCAAGCGACAAUCCAGCGUAGAUCUGGUUGACCUAGCGGCGAGCUGUCAGAACGAUCGCGAGCGUAACCUUUUGGCAGCAAUUUCUGCGUCGGAGGUUGCGCACCGAUUUCCGGGAGCAGUCUGCUUCUCGGCUAUCUGGGAUGUCGUCAACUCGAGCGAAGAGAUGAGGCACGCCAGUGCAGGAGUGUCGUUGGCUGCGUGUAAGGCUUUGCUGGGUCGUAUCCUGGAGCAGAGAGAGCAGCAGUGUUCUGCGAAAGUGGAGGCUCUGCGCAAGAUGCAGGGCGCUCCCGUGUGGGCGCAACAACUACAGGCACAAUCGCAAUCGAAAAGAGCCUCAUCUGGCGGCUUAAACAGCGCCGCUUUUUCGGUGGCUGAGUUGAAGGAGCCGGUGGAGGGGAAGGCGCGUAGUCGUCCCUCCCAGACGAAGAAAGUCGCUGCUUCUGGUACAGAAUAUUUUGAAAUGUGUGCACCUCUUCGACCAGGCGGAGCAGACGAGUCCGCAAGAGAGUGCGCGCGCGCUUCUAUUGGGUCACAGGGUUUAGCUCCUUUCGACGAUGAAGUGAGUAGCGACGCUUCCGCUUACUCAUUUAGAACAAUACGACGCGGCGACUAAUAUGAUGCGGACGCCUCUGGUAAGAAGCGAACAACUGCACUCACCUCCAGCUUCGGCGACUGUCUCGGCGGACUCUCUGCAGGGAGAGGCUACGACGGCUGCGGUGGGCGAAGUUGUUGAAGGUUCCGCUGAGGGACCCGCCAGCAGCUCGGGUGGCGAGAGUCUAGUAAAGAUUGAUGCCGUGUCAGCUUCUGCUCCGGCCACUGGUGGCACAAGGAAGUCUCGCUGGUCUGUUGCAGUUGUGACGAAGCCGCUAGAGAAAGUGGCGACUUCUGGAACAAGGGGAGGGCGGGGGCCAGGGGUUGUAGGAACUCUGGAACAUAAUAGAGCUGGGUGAACUCUGAAGCAUGGCACUAGGCUACUUUACCCCCAGCGUCUACAGAGGAACCUCUACCCAUGAUUUCCCCGCGUCAUCUUUAGCGGAAAAAGUAGGAAAAAAGUAGAAAAAAGGCCAGAAAAGAUAAAGAACUUCAGCUGCCUCCUAGGAAAAAGGAGGAGGCAGGAGCCUCGAAGCUUGAUAGAUAUGUGCGGCUAUGGAAUAUGUCAGGCAAUCUACGACGACGCUCCCGCGUUGAGAACUAGACGAUAGAAGUGACGCGCGCGAUGGUUGAAGCGGUGGCGAUGAUAAGGUGGUGGCUCUGAGGUUGUUGGGAGUGGCUGGGCGCACAGCAAAAAUAACAUGCGAGGAUGUGUGCGACGUCUGAAGGUGAAGGUGGAGCCUUUAGAGCCCGAGGGGGAAGCCCUCGGAUGCAUUAACGGCGAGGAAGUGAGACGGGAAGAAGGGGAGGAAGGCCUAGACAGUGAGAUCGUAAACGUUUCAAAUUUUCUUCCUUGGAUAUAUCUUCGUGGCUGUUGAUGGUAUUGCUGAAAUUUGGGCAGGUUUUGAAAGUAGGACUUCAUGAGUUGGACGGAGCGAGUGGUGUGGAUAGAUUGAAUUCGUGCGCGGACAUAUCUUAAGAUGCUUGCCCACAAAACGUGCGGAAUUGUUGUAAGGGUUUGGCAGUCACAUCAGAACUCAGAAAGCAGAGAGCUACUCUGGUGCCAUUUCGCUCCGGCGUUUGCCUCUUGGUUUCCCAAAAACGGCCACGCCUUGGCCUUUCCUUAGCAGGGUUUGGGAGAGGGCUCCAAGCGGGAAACCGCUGCAAAAUGACCACCGUCACUCGCUCUCCUGUCACGUGCGGCGGCAUGUCGCGCGCUGUUGUGACCUCUGGGGUCCUCGCAGCGAUCCUGGGGCUUAUCUCGAUGACUCGACCGGACCCGGGACUUUGCCGCCAUGGUAAGCCGCCGGGCAAUCCUCCGGGGGCGCCUGGGGGUGGAGGCGGUCACAAUUAUGAAGAUUGCGACGGAUAUGAGGAAGGCGCCUAAAGCUAAGCGGCAGCGUCUGCGUGAUCAAGUCGCCAACUUUGUUGCGUAUUUGAGCACGCUGGUUGGUCUGGGUAUCUUGCUGCUUGAAAUGUAUCAGGCAAGACGCCGAGUUUAUUCAGGAACUUGACGGCAAACCGGACGAACCAGAAGGGAAUGCGCCGCUUGCUUUCCAGUUGCCCUCGGUUUUUGAUGGUCAAGGGCGUGGGCUAGUACUUGGGCAACCUUGGACGGGUAGCGCGUUCACUGAAGCGGUGCCGAACCAAGGCACGGCUGCCCUGGAUAAGGAGGCACGGACGAAAUCAAUUGAACUUGGCAGGAUUUAAAACUAGAAAGAUUUGCCCCAUUUUGGAUACGGUGACGAAGUAAACGGGGCUAGGAAUUUGUUUGGGCAGGGCCAUCAAAUCCCCAGAAAAUGAGAGCGCUCGAUCGUCAGAGACAUACUUGCGCGCAGGGAAUGCGGGGCCGUUUAUUGGGGAUGUUAGAUUUUACGAAGUUGGGACUGGUGGCAGUGCGGCCGAUUGCUGCAAAUCCCUUCGAGGUGGGGCUGCUUCCGGUGGAUAGUUCAAGACUCAGCGGGGACGAAUCAUCUUCAAAACUAAGCGCAGCACCUUUGAGUUGAACCUGGGGCCUUACUCUGUCAGAGCGGCGCUCGCAGCCAAGCAAACGCUUGACCGACUUCGCCUAGAACAACUUUGAGCGCCUUUGCACGGUUGGCAAGCGGUGAAAAGCGGAGCCAUGAAGGCUAUGGGCGUUGCGAGCAACGUGGUGGAUGCUGUGGAGGCGGAAGCCGGUCGGUUUUCUAGCCUUUCCCGUGAUAUGGGUGCAGCGGCUUGCUUGGUCAGGUCAGCUUCAGAGAGCAACUCUCGGAGCAAGCGGCUCUGCGGCCAAUAUUUGCGCAGGAAGAAUUAGAAGCGCAGACGCUCAGUCGGGCCUGUAGGGGUGGCGCUGGUAUCUCGGUUGGGGUUUUCUGUGCGCAGUAUGUGAAUAAGCUCCGCGGGCUGCUAGCUGAAAGUCAUGCGGCAGGAAGCCAGCCACAAACGCAACUCAAUAUCUUCUAUGUGACUGCUAUAAGAUUUAGAGGAAACCGCCCGCGCGCGUUGGCUGUGGGUCUUGUUUGGCAGGUCUUGCGCGGGUGGGGGUUGUGCCUCUUUCUUAGGAUCGUGCUUGGUGGUCGUUGCUUUUUCUGUGGUGUUCUUGCUUUGUUCUACUCGGCACUCUUCGAUGGUGGUUGGUGUUUGGUGUUAGGGUUUUCUCUGUUGUUGGGUUUCGGUAGCUCAUCCGGGCCCAUGCCGCGCGAGACUAGGCUUGCAGGGAGAUGCGCGGCACUGCGUUGGCCCCUUGGAUCAGCGGGAACCGUGUCGGGGUUCGGUGGUCGACGGGGAGCGUGGUUGCGUUCUUGGGUCUGGGGCUUUUUAGGUUUCGCGGCUCCUGUAGAGAUGCCACUUUUGGGCGCUGGGUCUUCUACAGGGGCUCUUAUAAGCUCUUUUACAGACCCUUCUAUAGGGUCAUCUAUACGCACUUCUAUAAGCUCUCUUAUGUCCUCUGCUAUAUCUUGACGUGGUGAAAUCGCGUGGGUUUUGCUUGUUUCGCGGUUUUGCAGGUGUCCCGGGGAGAGAUAUAGUAGAGGUUAUAGCAGAGGUUAUAGAAGACCUUAUAGAGAAGUCUAUAGAGGAGGCAGACUUAGAACCCUGGCGACGGUGGGGGUAUAUGGGUGGCGCGACCGAUCGAUAAAAUUUGGCGUCGAUCGGGCUGUCAGGUGGGGCACCCGCGUCGCGUGAGGUCUUCCAGGGCGAGGGCCAUGGCGGAGGACUUUGGUGGAAGCUUGCACAGGGCUCGGAGCAGUGCCUGUAGGGUGUUUUUGCCGUGGUGGCAUCUUGCGUGGGUGGCUCGUGGGUGACGGGGGAAUCAGCUUGGCGGGGUGGUUGGCUGGCUUGGGCGGAUGGGUGGAGGCGCGUGCACUCCUUAGGCCGUAGCGCAGGGGCUGUCGACCAGGGGCAGGGGCUGCCUUCCCGGGGGAGUGCGCGGCGGCGCUACCCUUGCUCUGUCGGUGAUUUUUAUAGCAGUUAUUUAGUAGGAGUAUAGAGUUGGGGGCGGCUGGCUGCUUGGCGCAUGGUGAGAGGCUUACUCAGAAGAGCGGCCAGGCCUUCCAGACUUCGGAUGUUCUGGGGACGUCACAGGAAUUUGGGAGGUGUCUAGGACAUUUCCUACAGCGGUUUCCGCAAGAAUGUGCGCGCUCUUUUGGAGAGAGCUUGAUAGGAAAAAGGGGGAUUGAGUUUACCUCCUUGGGCGCUGCUUGUGAGUAUGCGCCAGCGAGAGCUAAUGCGAAAGCGACAGCAAGUCAGUGAAUCGAGAUUCUCGGGCAAUGGUUCUUAUGGGCCGGCGCCUGGCUGGUUUUUUAAUCAAAUGGCUUGCUUCGGAUGUGGCCACUGAAUCACCGCCGGAAGAAAAUUGGUGGAACAAGAUGGAGCCUCACCCGCGAGGGGAUCGCUCUGCCAAGUUGGUGCUGUGCCAACCUUGUGAGGGAUUCCAGGACGAAUCGCAGAAGAGAUGGCACUUUUGUGGGGACCCGAGCCACAUGUAGACUGGAGUAAGGGGCCCCUGACUUGUGUGCUGCCUGCUUGUAACAAGGGAAAGAACCUGGUAAGCAAAGCGGGGCAGACUUGUUGCCCGAAUUUGUUGGCGAGGGCGGCUGGGCGGCUGUUUCGGGGGAGCGAAGCUGGUUUAUAUUAUUGUGGUGUUUUGGUCGAUGCAAAAGGUAUCCCGUUUCGUCCCUCGUUUCGUAAGCCGGAUUUUCAGGCCGGGUUGGCGAAGGAGCUCCAGGAACUGAAACGGGAAGGAAGAGGCCCAGCGUGCAAGCUGGUGCCGGAUAGGGGGCGCAAGUUGUUUCACUCGCCAGCAUAUGCGAAACCUAAGAAAUUGAAUCCGAAAAGACUAGCCCAAAAGGAUGCCAAGGCAAAGAAGGCCACGGAAAUAGCGAAGGAGCCGCUUGCUGAGAAAAGGAAGGCUGCGUCGGCAGCGCGGCGGGCCAAUCAGGUGAAUGCUGAUCCGCCAGUGACGGAAGCGGCUCCGUCGGGCGCGGACGAGAUGGCACCAAGUGACUUGGGCUGGGAAAUGUGGGCCAGUGUGCCUCUUGCCCCUUUUGUCAAUCGGAUGGAAAUGCCCGCAGCCUGCGGUAUGGAAGAAAGGGAAGCCGCUGGCCCGUUCUGCUGGUUGUUUUUUCGGGUUGGGGUGUUUAUCUAUUUUGUGCUCUAGUUGUGAAGCAAGUUCUACGUCUGCGAUCUCCUUAAGAGUGGCUUCUUAAGGAGCUCCCUGAAGGGCCCUCUUCUGAAUAACGUUGGCUAUUAUAGACCCCUCUCUAAAGAAGUGCUGCAUACUUUGCAAAUAUUUCAACGAGAUGGGGUUAGUUUCCCAGGGCUUCUGAGCUAGCUGACUUAAGCUUCUGAGCUAGCUGGCCAUAGCUUCUACCUUCUAAGCCAGCGGCCCAAAGCUUCUAAGCUCGGCAGCCAUGGCAGGCUCCCAAGGUAGCUGGUGUCGGCUUCUAAGCUAGCAAGCCAAAGCCAUGGCACACAUAGGCUUCGCAGAAGGUAAGCGAGCAGGUUGCCCAAGCCAAAGCUUCUGAGCUAGCUGGCCAAAGCUUGCGAGCCAGCUGACCAAAGCAUCGCCUUCGGAGUUAGCUGCCCAUGACUUCUGAGCUAGGGUAGGUGGCCAUUGAUUCUGAGCUAGCUAUCCAGGGUUUCUGAGCUAGCUGGCCGGGGCUUCUGCUUCUGAGCUAGCUGGCCAGGGCUUCUGAGCUAGCUGCCCAGAGAAGGCCUCAGAGUUAGCCGCCCACGGAUUCUAAGCUGGCUGGCCAUGGCUUCCUUCGAAGCUAGCUUGCGAUAGCGCCUAAGCUACCGAACCGCGGCGCCUAUUGCCAUUGGUUGGCCUCUAAGUAGGCUAGCAAGCUGCCAAAGGCUUCCGAGCUAGCUGGCGAAGGCUUCCGAGCUAGCUGGCCAAGGCUUGCGAGCUCGCUGCCCAAAGCUUCGGAGCUAGCUGGCCAUGGCUUCUGAGCUAGCUGGCCAUGGCUUCUGAGCUAGCUAGCCAUAUGCUGUCGAGCUAGCUGGCCAGGGCUUCGGAGCCAGCUGGCCAAGGCUUCAGAGCUAGCUGGCCAUCGCAUCCAUGGGCGCUGGCUUCUAUGUCUAUGUAAGUAAGCUAGCCCGCCCAGCUGGCUUGCUAUAGCUUCCGAGUGGGCUGGCGGGCUGUUGGUUUUAAGCUCACUGCCGGUGACUUCGCUCUUGGCUACCAGCUAUGGCCCUCAGCCUAGGAAUCUGAGGGCCUUAAGCUAGCUGGCUGCGGCUUUUGAGCUAGUUGGCGACGGCUUCUGAGCCAGGUGGCUCAAGCUUCGAAUCUCUCUGGCGAUGCCUUCCAAGCUACUUAGCUAUCUAGCUAGGGCUUCCGCUUCUGCUUUAAGCUGGCUGGCUAGCUAUCUAUGGGCCGCGUGACUGACAUCACACGCGCAGGCGUUUCCUUUGGUGUUCUUAUCUGUCUACUUUUCACCCUCGGGCACCGGCGGGCCUCUUUUGGGCCCGCGUACGGGGCCCGUAAUUAUAGCGUACUGCAUGCGAGCUGCUCUAACGCCUGACCCUGAGGACAUCAAAAGGAUACUUUCGGCAGAAGUGAAGCUGC